ACGUACGGUGUUCAGCAUUUCUGCUUUAGGGAGCUAGGAAAGCUUUCAUGGGGCAGUUCUACUACAGUUGUUCAGUAGUGACAUGACCGAUUGUAAGAAACGACAGUCAGCGGCAGCGAGGGCACGAAAGCAAAGGAGUUUCACAAAGAUGGAAGACUGCUUGAUAGAAGACCAGACAACCUUUUACUCGAAGGCAGAACAUUACUGGAAGGAUGUCCCGCCCACUGUGGAUGGAAUGCUGGGAGGCUAUGGCAGCAUUUCCAGCAUUGACAUUAAUGGCUCCAAAAAGUUUCUUCAAAAAUUCCUUGGGGAAGGCCAGGGUAAGACUGGGACAGGCUGUUCUCUGGACUGUGGUGCUGGAAUUGGCCGAAUCACCAAGCGGCUGCUCCUGCCGCUCUUCCGUACAGUGGACCUAGUGGACGUGACGCAGGAGUUCCUGGAGAAAGCUCGUACAUACCUGGGUGAGGAGGGCAAGCGGGUGGAGAACUACUUCUGCUGUGGCCUGCAAGAUUUUCAGCCCCAGCCAGAACGUUAUGAUGUCAUAUGGAUUCAGUGGGUGAUUGGUCACUUAACCGACGACCACCUGGUGGAAUUCCUGAGGCGUUGCCAGAGCGGUCUGCGUCCGAAUGGCCUGAUUGUGGUAAAGGAUAAUGUUGCAUUUGAGGGUAUAAUACCUGAUGAUGUAGACAGCAGUGUGUGUCGGAACCUGAAUCUCCUACGUCACCUAGUAGCCAAGGCUGGACUCAGCAUCAUCUGUGAGGAGCAACAGCAGAACUUCCCUGAGGAGAUCUAUCAGGUCCACACUCUAGCGCUCAGAUAGCUGCAAGCAUUGCACGAGUAUGUUUUUAUGUGUUUGUUCUGAAGCCAAUGAUGUGAAUGGAAAUUAGGAAUCAAUGUUAGCUACACAAGAAGCCAUGUGUUACUGUCAGUGUGAUCACCGUUUUUUGA